AUGCAUAAUUCAAAUAGAAGAUACGAGUAUACUUCAGUAUCCCUUAAUAAUUCACACUCUCCUGCUGUAAGUAGUAAGAAAACUAGUAAGUCUGGAUGGAAGCUUGAUUUAAAAAACAGACUAUCCAAUAACCGCUGGAUUAUACUUAUUCUUUUACCACUUAUAGUCCCAAUUUGUGUAUUAAUUGCAUACAUAGUUUUUUACAAAGACGAAAUUAUCCUUUACCAUCUAAAACAGACUAUAUCAUUGGGACUUCGGCACAUUUCUUCCAUGUCAAAGAAAUCGCUUGAUGUUUUUAUCCGGAGAAGAAAGUAUAAUUAG